AUGAGGGCAAUUCUGGCGACCGAUACCGGUCUCAUCAAAGUGGUGGACGUGGUGCGGGAGAAGACGGAGGAUGGAAGCGCCGGCGAGGAAAAGGUGGCAUUCACCACUCAAUGGGGCGCUACCCAGGCAAAAUCGGAGGAGAUUCACUGCAUGCGCGCCUACCAUGGCCAGAAGGAUCAGGUGCUCGUGGGCCGAGCCGGCGGACGCGUGGAGGCCAUCAACGUAUCGACCGGCGUCAAGGUAGGAUCGGUGGUUGACCCCAAGGCGCCCACCAAGCUGGGCGACAAGUGGGUCGGCGUCGAGACGGCCGCGUGGGCGCCCAACCGCGCCGUCGGCUGGUACACCACCGGCCGCGGCGUCGUCUGCAGCUUCGGCGACGACGAGAACGACGUCGACAGCAAGACCGUGGUCCACAACGGGUCGGUGGUGAAGGAGUUCGCGCUCACCACGGCACCCAUCGGGGCCUUCCGGCUGCACCCGACCGCGCCUCAGGCCGCUCUUGGUGGCAAGGGUGUGGAUCUUCGGUUGGUCGAGGUGGAGAACGGCAAGCAGGUGUGGACGGCCAAGAACGUGCCCAACGAUUUCCUGGACAUGCCCGUACCUGUCUGGGUGACCGAUCUCGGCUUCCUUCCCGACGACCCGCGACGGAUUGCCGUUGUUACGGGCUAUCACCAGAUCCGUGUCUAUGAUGUCAAGGCUCAGAGGCGUCCGACUAUCGACUUCGAGCUCAAGCAGCUGCCACACGCGUUCAGCUGCAUCGUGCCCUCGGCGGACCCCAACGUGAUCGCCCUGGGCGACACGCACGGCAACGUCGUCGAGAUCGACCUCCGCAACAAGAACAUCAAGGGCCUCUACCGCGGUAUUGCGGGUUCGGUGCGCUCGAUCGCCUACGGACCCGAUGGGAAGACGAUCGUGGCGGCUUCGCUGGACCGCUUCCUUCGCGUCUUCUCGACUGCUGGUCCGCUUCGCAAACUGCAGCACAAGGUACACAAACACACACACACACACACACGAGCUUGGAGGCGCUCUUGA